GUUUCAGUUUCUGUUUCAUUGUUUGCUAAAAUGUGUUCCAAGUUGAUGAAUCACCAUAGCAACAUACAUAAUGCCGGCAUGGAGGCGCCUUGUUAAUUGUUACUGCAUAUUGUCUACAAUUUCAGUGGGGAUAGGUAUUUCCAUCGAUGACUAUGUACGGCACUAUGAGCCCGUGACCUACAACACAACUGACGUUCACGGCCAAGUUCUUGCCCUCAAGGAAAACAACGACAGCCCAGAAAACAACGACGUUGCGCCAGUGCGGCUUGAUUUUUUCGCCUUCGAUAGGCACUUCAAGUUGAGGCUUUUGCCUGGCGCAAACGUUCUAGAACAUGGUGUCAUCGCUAACAUCUACAGUUCCAGUGGUGUCAGUUCCAAAACCGUCAAUAAGGACAUCCUCUUUAAAGGAAACAUAGAAGAUGAAACAGAGUCGGUGGUUCACGGCCACAUACACCGGGGAAUGUUUAGCGGCGUUGUCAAGGUCACCAAUCGCACCUUCCAAGUGGAACCGGCUGAAAGAUACCAGUCCUCGCGAGACUCUCCAUCAUCGCGAGAUUUCCAUUCCGUCAUGUACGACCACGAUGACGUCAUCAACGGAUCACGUUAUGACGUCAACGUCUCAAUGAACUUCGCAUUCGUGGAUCACGUGACAAGGCUGCACACGGAAGUGAUUACUUUGCAACCGGAAGUUUUUGACCCCCAACUAUCACAUUUUGAAGACGACCGUGACAGGAAUUUCACGGGACCUCGGAGAAAAGUUUCAGUUUGGACAAAAAGCAGAUCAGGGAGGUCACUUGAACCCCAGAUGACGACGUGCACCGUCCACGUGGUCGCAGAUCAUCGGUUCUACCGCGUCAUCGCCGGAAGUGACGCAGUCAAGGCCAUAGCGGAAAUGGUGCUGCACAUGGAGGAAGCAGACCGGAUAUUCAGACAGACAGACUUCGACGAGGACGGAAAUGGUGACAACGUUGGUUUUUCAAUAACCGCGAUCUCACUCUACACGGACGAGGAAUCUAUGGGAUACAAUCUUGGUGGACACUACCGGAAAGCAGAGGACUACCUGGGCGACUUUUCACGUAACGACUUCAACGACUUCUGCCUUGCUAUCGCCUUCACGUACCAGGAUUUUUCAGGCGUACUCGGGCUAGCCUGGCUCGGGAGCUCGCUGCGCAGAGUGCCAGGAGGCAUCUGCCAGAGAAGAGUGCUGGUGAUGUCUGACUGGAAGGAGAGAAGUUUCAACACGGCCAUGGUAACCUUUGACCGGCAUGGGAGUCAGAUGUCCAGGGCAGUGACCAUCAUCUCAGUAGUCCACGAAUUCGGACACGGCUUCGGCAGUCCGCAUGAUCCAGAAGAGUGCCGGCCGGGCGGAGCACAGGGAAACUACGUGAUGUAUCCCUACGCCACUGACGGCAGGAAACCGAACAACGACGACUUCUCGGUGUGUUCAAAACAGAGUAUGAGACCUGUCAUGGCUAUAAAGGGGAUCAGGUGUUUCGAAGUUCACGAGGGUCCGUUCUGUGGCAACGGCAUUCUGGAGGAGGGGGAAGAAUGCGAUUGUGGGACAGCUGCGGAAUGUGCUGUUCUAGACAGCUGUUGUACUCCCCCUGGAGGCGUCGGCUUUGAUCCACAAUGUACCUUCAAGCGUCACGAGGGAAAAGUCUGCAGCCCACUACUGUUUCCGUGCUGUGAUGCUGCCUGUCAUGUCGUCCCCCACCAGAACCGUACGUGUGCAGAGGCCACAGAGUGCAGUGAGCACGCCGUCUGUACUGGAGACAGCCUUUUCUGCCCCCCUCCCCACCACCUUCCAAACGGAACCCUCUGUAGCGAUGGGUCCAGAGUCUGCCAUGGCGGGGCGUGUGUGGAGAGCGUUUGUUCUCACUUGGGUUUGGAAGAGUGUUUCUGUGAGGGAAGUGUGCAAGAGAUGUGCUAUGUAUGCUGCCAGACUGAGGACGGACAUUGUGUCAGUAGCGUGUCUCUCGGUCUUGGAGACCCCUCUGGUACCCAUCUUGUGAGAGGACCUGGAAGCAUUUGUAAUGAUUACAAAGGUUACUGUACCCAGGAUGGCCGCUGUGUGCGGGUGGAUAGCGAAGGUCUGCUCAACAGACUCAACAACAUGUUCAGCACUGAUGGGAGGGGUAGUGUUGGCUGGUGGCUGAGGAACUACUGGUACUACGGAGUCCUGGCCAUUGCUGGGUUUGCACUGGUCGUAGGAAUCUUGCGAGCUGCACUCAAGAGGCGUAUUGCUGACACAGCUAGAGACCAACAGGCGAACAGGUUACAGGCCCUGACUGUGGAGGCACAUAGACAGAUCAAGCUGCUGGACGAGAAACUGCGAGAAUUGGAGACUGAUCACGACAAUGACGUCACUCCUGGAGAGACUUUGAGCCUGUCUCCGGAGCUGACACAUGCCGUCAGUCGAAUGAGCGCUCUAUUCCCUACGACCAAGCGUUCUUUGCUUCUAGAGAGCAUUAUGGGGUGUGAUGACGAGGAAACCACCGUUCGCAAUCUCCUGGCUCUAGGACAUCCAAUGAGAAGUCAGACAGGUGUGACGUCACAAAGAGCAAUAAUGGAAAACGGCACGAUCGUCAAGAGUGUAAACUGUUGAUACAAACCGUAAGAAAUUUGACCUUAA